AUGUUGACUCAAGGUAAUUCCAUCCCGCCCAUCUCUUGCUGUGACCCAUUCAACCCUAACGACUACAUGGCUGUGAAACGUGCACGCUCAGUCCAUCAGUCAACCUUUACUCACCUUCUCAAAUGACCAUUGUUGUUCCCUGCUAUGUGUGUAUUUCCAGGGGAAGCGACGGGGGAGCUUGUGACAUCACCGGUGGGAGAAUAUGAUCCCAGGGUAAAUUCCAGUGAUGAUUUAUUGUCUCUGCUUGAUUAAUGUGACCGUAUGUGUGUGUGUGUGUGUCAGCUUCACACACCCUCUGACAAGAGGAAUGCCCUCUGUACAGGCGGUGUUGGUAGACAUGGAGGAGGGCAUGGUGAACGAGAUCCUAUAGGGCCCGCGUCAAAGAGAAGUUUGACAGCACUCAGCUCAUCAUUGACGUGUCUGGCUCAGGCAACAACUGGUUAGGGACUGAGUGAGUGAGUGACUGACUGUCUCUCUGUCUGCAUGCCUGCCUCUGCCUGCCUCAGGCAUGCCAUAUCACAUGCCCAUGAGCAGCUUUUUGUCCAAGUUCUGUAUAGGCUAGGCCCCUCAAACUCAACUCUGGACCUCGAAGCCAGUUUCACUGUGCUUUUCCAUUGUUCCCCUCUAAUCAGGGACUGACUUAGACCUGGGACACCAGGUGGGUGCAAUAAAUUAUCAGGUAUAACAGAACAACAGCAGGCUCCUUACAUCGAAGGGUAAAGAGUUUAGUACCCUUGGGCUUGACAUGGUAAUCUUAUCAGUAUGUGGCAUGUAAAUAGUCUAGUUCAGUGGAGAUAGCAUUGUCAGCGGUUUGGUGUGUAGUGAUUAGUGCUUUUUUAUGUCUGUUCGGUUUCGAUUAUUAUUAUUUUUGGACAUGAAAUGCUCUAUGCAUUAUGUGGGUUGAAUGCUGUAACAACACAGAAUAAAACAAUUCACCAAAGUCCCAUGAUGGUGAGGACUGCUCAUUAUUGCUUAUCACUUAUUAACUACAAUUUAUUCACGUUACUUUACUUUAAUAAAAUAUGUGUUUUAUUUGAUGACUUUAUUAUUUCAUUCCAAUGCUGUCUGACAAAAUCACUAUUUUGUAGUUCUACAAAGUAAAAAAGGCAUACUUUUAUGACUGCUGAAUAUCAACAAUCAGUCACUUGGAUCAUGUAUUUUCCAGCUCAUGGAGCAACUGCUUUCUAUCCCUCUCGAUCACGUGCUCCGCGCAGACCGGACAAGUUUAAGCAGACGCGCGGCAAUUAUGUGGUCAAACAAUGCCAAACUUCUUCUGUAAGUGUGCAAACUCAUUCAUUUCUCUCCAGGGCAGUGGGCCACUGGACGUUUGGCUCAACCUACAGGGAACAGAUCGUGGACCAGCUGAGGAGGGCAGCAGAGCAUUGUGACUGGCUGCAAUGCUUCUUAUUCACUCAAUGGGUGGAGGUGAGGACUCAGUGUACAAAUGCAUUCAUAGUCUCAUAACUACUGAAACACAUUAAUAAACAUGUUAUAACUGCAUGAACGGCAUUGGUGCUUUCAGUUACUUUCAGUGUAAUGUUUUGGAUGACCAUAAUGUGUUUUGUCCUAUGCUGUGAUGGUCAGGGACUGGAUCAGGCCUGGGCACCUGUGUUUUAAAACUUCUGGAGGAAGAGUUCCCCGAGGUAUGUCGUAUCGUCACCUCAGUCUGCCCCUCAGCAGAGCAUGACGUCAUCACCUCCCCCUGCAACAGUGUCUUGGCCAUGCCGGAGCUCACCGAGCACACCGACUUGUAAUAAUAAUAUGCCAUUUAGCAGACGCUUUUAUCCAAAGCGACUUACGGUCAUGCGUGCAUACAUUUUUACGCAUGGGUGGUCCCGGGGAUCGAACCCACUACCUUGGCGUUACAAGCGCCGUGCUCUACCAGCUGAGCUACAGAGACCUUGUGUUCUCCCUGUGUAAAAUCAGGUGUGUGGCUGUCUGUGUGUCCGGGUUAAAGUGUAAUCUUAGUCUUUGAUUCAGUGCUCAGGUCUUUCCUUAUUAUGCAUGUAGUGUAUGAUGUACAUUCUGUUUCUGACAGUUAAAGUUAAACGACAGUGAUUUCCUUCCUUUGUCCAUUUUUGUUAUUCUUCUUCCAGUCAUUGGUGGACAUAGUGAACAACAUAAAGCACAUGUCCCAAAGGUUCUGUGGUCAAGAAGGACACUACCAUCAUCUCAGGCCAGGGAGGGGUCAGUGGAGCGGAGAAGCCCUUUGAUGCCAUGAACAACAUCGUAGCCAACCUGCUGCUCAAUAUCCCCAGGUAGACUACUGGAGAUAGACAGGCUGCUGUCUGUGGCACUAGGCCUUUUAUUGACCUUCACAGACCCACUUCAUUGAGCCUCCCUGGUGUUUGGAGUCUGGUCUUCUCCAGUGUAUUUUACUGCCACUGUAAAAACCAACAUCUGUUUUUGGAUAAAAUAAAACAUAAAAAAGCAAUUUCUAAGAAAAUGUAGAGGAAAUUCUGAAUUAUAAAAGUACUGUAAUAGAAUUACAAAAGACCCACCCCACCACCAACAACGUAAUUGCACAGUGCAGUCAUUGCACUGUUAAAGGGGGGUUAUUUGUGUCAAUAAAGAAGAAUGCUUGUUUGUCUGAGGGAAUAGCAUCUGUCUGCUUGGUUCUUACAUGUCUGAUGUGAUAUCAAUUCACUGAUUGUUUCUCUGCUGCUGUAGUUCGGCUCGUUUUGAAGGAUCGCUCAACAUGGACCUGAAUGAGAUAGCCAUGAACCUAGUUCCCUUCCCUGCUGCACUACCUGGUGCCCAGCGUCACCCCUCUCUACACCCUGGCUGAUGUUAACAUCCCCACCAGGAGAUCUGCUCUCCUGUCCCAACUCCUAUUUUUACCUACUCUGGAACUCAGAAUAUUACAUUGCCCACCGCCCUCUGUACAAGUGCCCUUUGUUGACAGUCAGUGAAUGGCAAUGCUCCGUCACACCCAUGCUGUCUACUCUGAUCUAUGCUGUAUAAAAUUCUGGUGUCUCAAAGUGGGAUCUCACAGUGAACUAGGAAUACUAGAGAGACCUAUGAAUAGCACAUGAUGCCAAUGGUGUGUCCAGGCAUGUAUAGUGUAAUGUGAAAGUGCAAUACAGUAGUGUAGUAUCUUUGUUAGUUGAAUGCAUUUAGCUACAGUACAUUGCUGUAUCGUGUAGCUCAGUGAGUAGAACACGGCGCUUGCAACGCCAGUGUUAUGGGUUCGAUUCCCAAGAUGGACCAGUAUGAGAAAAUAUUUGCACUCAAUACUGUCACUCUUGAUAAGAACGUCUGCUAAAUGACUCAAAUGUAUGAGUCAUUGUGGAUAUGAGUGACAGUCUGCUAUGAUGUAAAUGGUAUGAAUACAUUUUGUAGUUAUGUUCUUUUUUAGCUGUGCUCUCUGUCUGUGUCUUUCCUGCCUCAGGCUGGACCAGAUGUUUACUGAUGCCUCCAGUAAAGACCAUUACCUGGCCUGUGCCCUCAUGUUCCGGGGCAACGUGCAGGUGUCUGACUUCAAUGACUUCAAGAGCACUAUCCUCCCCUCCCCAAUCCUGUUUCCGAUCUCCAAUAAAAAGUACCACCCAGACUCAUACAUACUCAUAAGGCCCAGCGAUGACCUUCCCAGCUGCUCACUCUCAAAUAGUGUUCUUAUUCAAAGCUGUGUGUUUAUGCUCCAUUACAGAUACCCCUGAAUCAUGACUGGCCUAUUCAGCUCCCACCUUCUCCUCUCCCCUCCCUCCUCUCCCUGCAGAUACCUUUUUCAUGUGGCAUGUUGUCAAGCGCAACAGAAACAGGUGUUUUUAUGAGAGCACAUACCUGUGCGUGACCACCAUGUAAAUCAGGAGGAGAAAUCUCCUGGAGCACAGACACCAUGUGGCACAUUUAGGUGACUUUGGAGAGCGACAGUAUUAUUCACUUUGGUUGUUGAAUUAGACUGUACAUCUAGAUAUGAUUUAAAGUAAACCCUGGAUAUGUGGGCUGCUUUAGUGUCUGGUAACCUGUGGGCUCGUUUCCAGGAGCCUAAACUUCUCCAUUGAGAAUGAGAAACUGACCCUAUAUGUUUUCAUAGAAAAGCAGGUUGACCAAUGGUAGCCCCAUAUUCAUUCUCAUUCCCUUCUUCUUCGUCUCAGACUGAGGCCCACAUUUCCCAUUGUGUCGUGGAACCAGGAGGGAUGGAAGGCAGGGCUGUGUUCUGUGCCCCCUGUGGGUCACUCCUUACUGGCCCUGGCCAACAACACCUGUGUCAAGCCCACCUUCAUGGAGAUCCGAGACCACUUCACCAAGCUCUACAGGAAGAAGGUACAUCCUAACAUAAACUUCAAUCACAACAAUCUUAAACUGUUGAAAAAGAAGUGUUUAGAGUCCAGAAGAUUGAGAGGUAAAUACAGCAAACAGACCAAUUUCCAUUUCACAGAGGACAAUAGCAGAGUUCAACUAAAGAAAGAGAAGCGGUUCAUGUUCUCUAAGCAGGGCUGUAGGCACCAGUAUUUUCCCUGCGGUCAGUGUAGAGUACAUCCCUAUCUGACAUAAUGGAUUGUUUUGGCAGGCUCACUUGCAUCACUACCUGCUUGUGGACGGGAUGGAGCAGGGCUGCUUCACAGAGGCCAUCUCCUCCCUCUCCUCCCUGAUGGAUGGGAUGGAGCAGGGCUGCUUCACAGAGGCCAUCUCCUCCCUCUCCUCCCUGAUGGAUGGGAUGGAGCAGGGCUGCUUCACAGAGGCCAUCUCCUCCCUCUCCUCCCUGAUGGAUGGGAUGGAGCAGGGCUGCUUCACAGAGGCCAUCUCCUCCCUCUCCUCCCUGAUGGAUGGGAUGGAGCAGGGCUGCUUCACAGAGGCCAUCUCCUCCCUCUCCUCCCUGAUGGAUGGGAUGGAGCAGGGCUGCUUCACAGAGGCCAUCUCCUCCCUCUCCUCCCUGAUGGACGGGAUGGAGCAGGGCUGCUUCACAGAGGCCAUCUCCUCCCUCUCCUCCCUGAUGGACGGGAUGGAGCAGGGCUGCUUCACAGAGGCCAUCUCCUCCCUCUCCUCCCUGAUGGAUGGGAUGGAGCAGGGCUGCUUCACAGAGGCCAUCUCCUCCCCCUCCUCCCUGAUGGAUGGGAUGGAGCAGGGCUGCUUCACAGAGGCCAUCUCCUCCCUCUCCUCCCUGAUGGAUGGGAUGGAGCAGGGCUGCUUCACAGAGGCCAUCUCCUCCCCCUCCUCCCUGAUGGAUGGGAUGGAGCAGGGCUGCUUCACAGAGGCCAUCUCCUCCCUCUCCUCCCUGAUGGAUGGGAUGGAGCAGGGCUGCUUCACGGAGGCCAUCUCCUCCCUCUCCUCCCUGAUGGAUGGGAUGGAGCAGGGCUGCUUCACGGAGGCCAUCUCCUCCCUCUCCUCCCUGAUGGAUGGGAUGGAGCAGGGCUGCUUCACAGAGGCCAUCUCCUCCCUCUCCUCCCUGAUGGAUGGGAUGGAGCAGGGCUGCUUCACGGAGGCCAUCUCCUCCCUCUCCUCCCUGAUGGAUGGGAUGGAGCAGGGCUGCUUCACGGAGGACAUCUCCUCCCUCUCCUCCCUGAUGGAUGGGAUGGAGCAGGGCUGCUUCACAGAGGCCAUCUCCUCCCCCUCCUCCCUGAUGGAUGGGAUGGAGCAGGGCUGCUUCACAGAGGCCAUCUCCUCCCCCUCCUCCCUGAUGGAUGGGAUGGAGCAGGGCUGCUUCACAGAGGCCAUCUCCUCCCUCUCCUCCCUGAUGGAUGGGAUGGAGCAGGGCUGCUUCACAGAGGCCAUCUCCUCCCUCUCCUCCCUGAUGGACGGGAUGGAGCAGGGCUGCUUCACAGAGGCCAUCUCCUCCCUCUCCUCCCUGAUGGAUGGGAUGGAGCAGGGCUGCUUCACAGAGGCCAUCUCCUCCCUCUCCUCCCUGAUGGAUGGGAUGGAGCAGGGCUGCUUCACGGAGGCCAUCUCCUCCCUCUCCUCCCUGAUGGACGGGAUGGAGCAGGGCUGCUUCACGGAGGCCAUCUCCUCCCUCUCCUCCCUGAUGGACGGGAUGGAGCAGGGCUGCUUCACAGAGGCCAUCUCCUCCCUCUCCUCCCUGAUGGAUGGGAUGGAGCAGGGCUGCUUCACAGAGGCCAUCUCCUCCCUCUCCUCCCUGAUGGAUGGGAUGGAGCAGGGCUGCUUCACAGAGGCCAUCUCCUCCCUCUCCUCCCUGAUGGAUGGGAUGGAGCAGGGCUGCUUCACAGAGGCCAUCUCCUCCCUCUCCUCCCUGAUAGAGGACUACAGUCAGCUGGAUGCCACCAAGGACAGACUGACUCUGCCAUAUGAGGUCAUCUCUGUCUACACAUAG